ACGAUGGCCUUCAUUGCAGCUCUGGGGCUUAUGAUAGCUGGGAUCUGCCUUGGUGUUCUCUGCUUCCCAGAUGGCACAUUAGAAAGAGACACUCUAUUCCAUGAAGACCAAGAAAACGGGACACAACUGGACAGUCUCACAUUGGCCUCAAUCAAUGCUGACUUUGCCUUCAGCCUCUACAAGAAACUGGCUUUUAAGAAUCUACAUGAAAAUAUUGUCUUCUCCCCACUUAGCAUCUCAGCUGCCUUGGCCCUCGUGUCCCUGGGAGCAAAGGGCAAGACCCUGGAAGAGAUUCUAGAAGGUCUCAAGUUCAAUCUUACAGAGACCUCUGAAGCAGACAUCCACCAGGGCUUUGGACAUCUCCUACAGAGGAUCAGCCAGCCAGGGGACCAGGUACAGAUCAGCACAGGCAGUGCCCUGUUUGUUGAAAAGCACCUGCAGAUCCUGGCUGAGUUCCAGGAGAAGGCAAGGGCUCUGUACCAGGCUGAGGCCUUCACAGCUGACUUCCAGCAGUCUCAUGAGGCCAAAAAGCUCAUCAAUGACUAUGUGAGCAAUCAGACCCAGGGGAUGAUCAAGGAACUGGUCUCAGACCUGAAUGAGAGGACACUGAUGGUGCUGGUGAACUACAUCUACUUUAAAGGCAAAUGGAAGAUGCCCUUUAAUCCCCAUGACACAUUUGAGUCAGAGUUCUACUUAGAUGUGAAGAGGUCUGUGAAGGUACCCAUGAUGAAAAUUAAGGCUCUGACCACACCCUACUUCCGGGAUGAGGAGCUGUCCUGCACUGUGGUGGAGCUGAAGUACACAGGAAAUGCCAGCGCCCUGUUCAUCCUCCCUGACCAGGGCAGGAUGCAGCAGGUGGAAGCCAGCUUGCAACCAGAGACCCUGAGGAAGUGGAAGAACUCUCUGAGGCCCAGGAAAAUAAGUGAGCUAUACCUGCCCAAGUUCUCCAUCUCUACUGACUACAGCCUGAAGAACAUCCUUCCAGAGCUGGGGAUUAAGGCAAUCUUCUCCAAACAAGCUGACCUGUCUGGGAUCACAGAAGCCAAGGACCUGGUAGUGUCUCAGAUGGUGCACAAGGCUAUGCUGGACGUGGCUGAGACAGGCACAGAAGCAGUUGCUGCCACGGGGGUCAAUUUUCGCAUUCGUAGUAGAAGAACUACUCUGUGGUUCAACAGGCCAUUCCUGAUGGUUAUAUCUCACACAGAUGUUCAGACUACCCUCUUUAUAGCCAAAGUCGCUAACCCUAAGUGA